GGCGGUGCUGCCCGUGUGGGUCGGCCGGCGGGAGCCCAACCUGGACGCGCUAAGCCCUGUGCCCGCGGACGGCCGCCCCCGAUGCAGCCGCAGCCGCUGCCGCUGGAGGAGGCCCGCGGGGACGGGGCCGAGAACACCCAGUGGUCCAGACCCAAUCCAGGGUCCUCCGCCCUUCCAUCCAGUCCCAGGGCCAGCGAGUGCCCCUUGAGCCCUCUGCAGGCCUCCAGGCCUGCAGACCCUAGAUGGUGGAGAGCCAGCUCACAGGCACAGCUGGGAGUCCUAGGACUGACCCUGCCAGGCCCGAGUGCCAGACGUGGACGGCAACGCUGCUGCUGGGCACAUGCCUGCUGUACUGCGCCCGCGUCAGCGUGCCCGUGUGCACCGUGUCCAUGAGCCAAGACUUCGGCUGGAACAAGAAGGAGGCCGGCCUUGUGCUCAGCAGCUUCUUUUGGGGCUACUGCCUGACGCAGGUGGUGGGCGGCCACCUUGGAGACCGGAUCGGCGGGGAGAAGGUCAUCCUGCUGUCCGCCUGCGCCUGGGGCUUCCUCACCGCCGCCACCCCGCUGCUCGCCCACCUCAGUGGCGCGCACCUGGUCUUCAUGACCUUCUCACGCAUCCUCACGGGCUUGCUCCAAGGCGUGUACUUUCCGGCGCUGACCAGCCUGCUGUCCCAGAAGGUGCGAGAGAGCGAGCGAGCGUUCACCUACAGCACCGUGGGGGCCGGCUCCCAGUUUGGGAUGCUGGUGACAGGGGCCGUGGGCUCCCUCCUCCUGGACCGGUACGGCUGGCCAAGUGUCUUCUACUUCUCGGGUGGCCUCACGCUGCUGUGGGUGUGUUACGUGUACAGGUGCCUACUGAAUGGAAAAGACCUCAUCCUGGCCUUGGGCAUCUUGGCGCAAGGCCUGCCGAUGUCCAGGCACACCAAAGUUCCCUGGAGACAGCUUUUCCGGAAGCCUUCAGUCUGGGCAGCCAUCUCCUCCCAGCUGUCGUCGGCCGGCUCCUUCUUCAUCCUCCUGUCCUGGCUUCCCUCCUUCUUUCAGGAGACGUUCCCCAGCUCCAAGGGCUGGGUCUUCAACGUGGUGCCUUGGCUGGUGGCGAUUCCCGCCAGUCUGUUCAGCGGGUUUCUGUCUGAUCAUCUUAUCAAUCAGGCCGCGCCGGCUGGGACCCAGCAGGGGCCGUCAGGGGCUCAGCACAAAUGGGCCGACGGGACCGUCUCCCCGUCUCCCCCGCUCAGGUUACAGGACCAUCACCGUGCGGAAGUUCAUGCAGGUAGAGAGGGGCGGGAUGAGCCUCUUUGGACACCCGUUUGUUCCUGGGACCCGAGGGGUUUGACCUCCAGUGGCCCGACCCAGAAGGCAUUUGGAGGGUGCCCUCGGUCAGUGCUGGGGGCUGGCUUGGCUGCCUUGAGCGCUUCUCCCAGCUGCGUUGGUGGGUUCUCUGUGCCGCCGAGCCUGGCACGCGGGCCGGGCUGCUUCCCUCUCAGUCUGACCAGCGGGACUGGCUUAUCACGGAGCCUCGCGUCACACAUCCCCAGGAGCGGGGGGCUUUCCAGUGUCCGCCACGGCCUGUGCCCUGCCACCCCCCUUCUCCCGCAGGUGAUGGGCCUCGGGCUGUCCAGCGUGUUUGCCCUGUGUUUGGGUCACACCUCCAGCUUCUGUACGUCUGUGGUCUUUGCAUCUGCUUCCAUUGGCCUGCAGACCUUUAACCACAGUGGCAUUUCAGUCAACAUCCAGGACCUGGCUCCGUCCUGUGCCGGCUUUCUGUUUGGUGUGGCCAACACAGCUGGAGCCUUGGCAGGUGUCGUGGGCGUGUGCCUGGGGGGCUAUCUCCUCGAGACCACAGGCUCCUGGGCGUCCAUGUUCAACCUGGUGGCCGCCGUCGGCAGCCUGGGGCUGUGCACGUUCCUGCUGUUUGGAGAAGCCCAGCGAGUGGACCUGAGUCCUGCCCACGAGGACCUCUAGCUGCCCCUGCCCUACGGUUCCUUCAGUGCCAUCUCCCUUGGGUGACAGGCUCUGUUUGCUAGCCUCCCGCUCCGGACGGAGCAAGCAGAGGGAGGGUGAGCCGGAGCCAAGCUGGGCAGCCCUGGGGGGAACGUCGGUUUCUCCAGCGAGGUGAUCGCACCCUCCCCCAGGGCUCGUGGACUGUCAGCUGGGAGAGGAAUUAGUAUUUUUAGUAGUGGCUAUGUCGUCACACACGCGGUCUGUUCCAUGUAGAUCCACGUGCCCCCGAGGUCAUGACGGUGGGAGGGUUGCCUAUCACUGCAGGGGCUGGGGCACCGCUGGCCUAGACACCCCCCCACCCCCGGCAUGUGAGGCCAGAUCAUUCUUCGUGGGGGGAGGGGGACUGUCCUGUGCAUUGCGAUUGCAUACCUGGACCCACUACAAGGGGACCCCACCCCCACUCACGACAACCAGCAUUGGCUCCUGGCAUCACCACGUGUCCCCAGGGGAACCAGCCAUGGGUGGGAACCACAGUUCUCAUGAAGGCCAUUAGUGGCUGUGACAUCAGUGCUUCUCUAGGAAGCCAGACUGAGACCCCGAUUCAGGGGGCGGGCCGUGGACUAGAUGCCCAUCUUUGGGGACCCGCCCCGCCUCCCCUGUGGGUCCUUGGCGCUGGCGAAGUGCUCUGCCUCCCUGGCAGCCCCUGACGCCAGCCUAAGGGGACUGUGGGUCCCUCUCCCGCCCAGGGCGCUCCCUGAGACCAGGGAGCUUCCCGCAUGGUCCUUCUCUCCUAACAGAGGAACUGGUCGCCUGGGGGAUUAGUAACAGGUCCUGCAAGAUGUAUACGUAGAAAUCAGAAACUGAGAACGUGGAAGAAUCACCCCAGAUUUAUUUAAAUGAUGGCUAUUAAACUGGAAGAGGAAGACUGUUA